AUGUUCAACGAUACGCAUCUCGAGCUCUUGCAUCACUUCACGACCGUAACGUACAACACGCUCACGGCUCAUCCCACACUCAAAGUCAUGUGGCGGAUCACUGUGCCCCAGCUCGGUCUCAAACACCCGUUUUUGAUGCGCAGCAUCUUCGCCAUUGCAUCACUGAACCUGGCAGUCCUUCGACCGCAAAGACGGUCCUUCUAUGUUGAUGUGAGUCGCGAGGAACACUCGGCCGCGCUGGCGAUGGCCGUGCCGCUGAUUAGCAACGCCACCGAGGACAAUGCGUCUGCUCUGUUCGCAUUCUCCAUGCUCGCUGUCAUCUAUAUCCUCGCGGCACCACGGGAACCAGGAGACCAUUGGCUUCUUGUGUCCAAGGGCGGAUUGACUGAUUGGCUCGCCCUGAUACAGGGCACCAGAUCAGUAUCUACAAUCUACCAGGAACAUUUAUCAAAGGGUCCCGUGAGUCCACUCUUCACAGUCUCGCAUGCCCAUGUAAAGAAUGCUGAGGAGAAAGGGCAGGCCCUCCCGGCGUGGAAGGGUUCCAGCGAGUAUCGUCAGAUGAUGCUGCUUCGACAACUGAUUCGGGGGCGCGUAGAGGAUGCGCAGAGGCUUUCGCAGUAUGAGACGCUUCUGGACCUACUCGAGCAAAGCUUCGCCGCCAACAUGGCCUCGCCAAUUUCUUAUUGUCAAGAAACGUUGAGCGACGAUCGUGAGCAAGUGGCAACGUCGCACAUCUUCUCCUUUUUGUACCGGUCCCUGGAGAUCAUGCAAGGUCCACUGCAAGCCCGCGAGCCCGAGGCAUUGGUGAUAUUUGCCUACUAUUGCGUCCUCCUGCACAAUCUAGAGAGUUAUUGGUGGAUACAAACGUUACCGCGGGAUAUUAUGGAGGAGAUCUGGGGCGCCUUGAACUACGAAUAUCGAUACUGGAUUCAGUGGCCUGCGGAGCAACUGGGGUGGGCACCUCGAGACUCAUAG